UAUAUCCAUGGAUGAAUUUCUCCCAUUGAUGCUUUUUGUACGCCUCCGUUACUUAAUGAUCAAGUAUCUAUCUUCAUAAAGUAAAAACAUUAGAAUUCUUGAGUUUGAUUACUGUGGAAUUAUCAGAAACGGUGUUGGGUAUAUUGGUUGCAGCAUAUGAUUGGUGGGAUUUGGGUUGCUUACACUUACAUCUACUGCAUUUUUUUUGUAACUUGAUGCCAAAGGAAUGUCUGAAAAGAGGACCAAAAGAAUGUCCAGAAUGAAGAAAUUAUAUCCCCUAAGAAAAUUGGGGACAACUUUUUCAGUUUUUUCAGCCAUCUGUUUUCACCCAAUCAUAGAUAUAGUUGAAUAAAGAGCAGGCCAGAAAUUCUGCCUCUCCAAACUUUCCAUUUCCCAAUCAAACACCAUGGAGACUAAACGGUCCCUUCUGAGUUGCGAAAAGCAGCACAAAAGGCCAAAUGAAUGCAACAGAAUCUCACAUACUAUUUAUUAUCGUCUACUUCUGCUGUUUCAUUCUCUCUCUCUAUGAGGCAUAAAGUGGGUUUGAACUGAGCUUGGUACUCUUUUUAAGGGUCUUUUUCCACGUCCCCUUCAAGACUUAUGCAUCAACAUAAUCAUUAUUCAACUUAACAUGAGGGUUUCUAGGCGGAGAGUAUUGAGCAGCAGUUUCCAUGAUAUCAACUUCAGACCCCCCAUGGUUAGACCUUAUGUUCGGUCCAAAAUGCCCAGAUUAAGAUGGACGCCUGAUCUCCAUCGCUGCUUUGUUCAUGCAGUUGAACGCCUGGGUGGAGAAGAGAGAGCUACUCCAAAGAUGGUAUUACAGAUAAUGAAUGUGAAUGGUCUUACCAUAUCUCACGUAAAAAGCCAUCUACAGGUUUGCCAUGGACAGAUGUAUAGGAGCUCAAAACAGGAGCAAGAAACGCCUCAAGUGAAAAAACUCAACAACCAUGAGGUUCCAGGGCAUCAACUUCCUGACCAGCUCCAUGGACGUCGCUUCAUCCAUCAGAAACUUGCUCGGAAAGAGAAGCAAGAGAUAUCAAAUGAACAAAGAAAGUGUAAAGAGAAGAAACCAAAUUCUUACCUCAUCUUCAAGGACAUAACAAAACGGUGCACUGUUCAGGAACAAGAUUGUUUUGGGAGUUCGAAGAGCCAUGAAGAUUUGAAAAGGUUGGGUCAUAGCAACGCUGUAGAGAGAGUUGGCUAUGAAACAAUGUCUCUAUGUCUGAGCUUAAGGUCUUUCCAGCCAUUGAUACUGAGUAAAGCUGCGAAUUCUGAUGUUAAUGAUGUGUCUCUCGAGCUUAGUCUUGCUUGAACUCAACAGCCAGUCGGAUAUAAAAAUGUUGCAGGUUCCACCAAACACUUGAAAUCAAACUCAGAAAAUAUAUCUCAUUCACGAGUUCUUCCUGCUUCAUCACUUCCUUAUUUCAUGAAAUCAUUUUAUAAUAAAACUUUGGUAUAAAGCCUCCUUAUUUUGUUAUAU